UGGUCCACUGCGACGAAGGCCCUGAUGGCAAGCAAAUGUGUGUGAUUAAGUUACCAAGAUUUUCUUUGCCUUACAUUUCUGUUGUGAAAUUAAGCGAUAUUAAAACAUUUCAUUAAAAUAAUUAUUUGCAUAACGUGAUUUUGGAAUUCAUAGAAAAUGUGGAGACGGAAAACAAUCCGCCAUAAAGCAAGUCGAUCUGCAAAUGAUUUGGAGGAGUUUAAACGGAAGAAACGAGAAUUUGAGAAAGUUCUCAGACAGGCGAGGAGAGACAGACAGCUUACCAGUAAAAGACUGUUACAGAAUGUAGAUGAAGAUGAAGACUCAAUGGAGACAGGCUCUGCUCCUCACCUGUCACCCGAACAGGUGAGAGAGAUGAUAUGUGGAGUCCAGCGUGGUGGUGGUGAGGAGAAAGCAAGUCGUCUGGCAUCUCUCAGAAAAGCUCUUAGAAACCCAGACACCCAACUCACUUUCAUUAAGUCCGAGAACAGCAUGCACAUGUUGGUCGGGCAGCUCAGUGGUCAUAAUGCCCAGUGCCAGCUGGAGGCUGCACGCUGUCUUCAUGAGCUGUCUCACUCUCCUCAUCCUAGCGUAGGUCAAGCAUGUCUCUCUGCUGGCCCGUACCUCCUCACAUAUCUCUCCAGUCAGAGCCCUAAGCUAAUGGAAAUCUGUUUGUACACACUGGGAAACCUGUGUGCCGACAGGACUUUAGUUAGAGAGAAGCUUCUGGCUCAGGGAAUCAUUUCAGCCUUGGCGAGGUGCAUUCAAAAUCAGAGGUAUAGUCUGGCUGUGGUGGAGGCUGUUGGCUUUGCGCUGUCUCAGUUGUUGCAGGCAAAAGAAGCUACUGAAAAAAUCAUACCAGCUGUUGAGGAUUCAGGAGUAAUGCUGGAUUUGAUCUCAGCACUGACUCCUGAUCACGAGUUUGGUUUUGGACCCGCAAUUGAGUGUGCGUGGUGUUUACACUAUUUAGUUAGCAGUAAUUUGCAUAACUCGGUGCUGGUGACACAAGGGGUCCUCUCACAGUGUGUUGCUGUGUUAAUAACACUAGGGGGCACUGUUGCUAAAGGAAACCUUGAGGAUGGGAUGGAAUUGCUCAUUUGGCCUCUCCUCCGUUGCCUUGGUAACCUGCUGGUCAGUGGAGAGUGUGAUGUAAUGCCAGAGGACACACGUCUCCUUGCCGCCCUGUGUGUCUUUAGUCAGGCUUAUCUUCAGUCUCACGCGGGACUGAGCAGAGAGAGCCUGUGGGUGCUCAACAACCUCACCGCCAGUUCCAGUGGAUUCUGCUCUGAUCUCCUGCUUCUUAACCUGGUUCCUAUGUUAAUCGAUCUUCUGUCCUUCUCCAAAGGAAUAAAUUUAAUGGUGCUGAGAGUUCUGGGUAACAUCGCUCAUCAUGGCCCAGAAUACUGUGUUCGGUUGACUCAAGCAGGGGUGCUCAAUGGUCUUUGUGCCACCCUCAAAAUGGCUGAGCCGGAGGUGGUUACUCUAAGCCUGGACGUGUUAUACAUGUUGGUAUCCAGCAGCCCACAGGUGAUUGAGGAGUUCACAAGGUUGAACGGUGUUCCUCUACUGGAGGCGAUUCAGUAUAACAGUGAAGCAGAACAGCGUGUCAGAGCUGCAUACAUUCUCGAUAAUCAUUUUUCUUCUUUCUGUGAGGUGGAGAGUCUUUCAUCAUAACACUGGAAUCCAACAACAGGAUGACAGAAAUAAAUUACUGACAUUUGCCCUCCUAGAACACUGACAGAAAUGUACAUUUUUGCAUUUGCAAAGUCAUUUAUGUACGUUGGUUUUCUAAAGUGUCCUGCAAAUUAAAUGUUGCUGCUGAUGUUUGGCACGUUCAUGUUUGCGAUACCUGCUGUUCCCCUAGACCUGCGGACGCAAAAAUAUUCUGUACGUGAGCACUAAUCGGAUUGUGCUGACUUCAAUAUACAGUACAGAAAGGCAGUGUAUAUAACACCAGCACAUAUAAAAGUUUACAGUAGCCUAUACAUUUAGUAUGUUGAAUAGUACUAUUAUUCAGAAACAUAGAAUAUUGUUCUAUAAUAUUCCUCUAUAUUAUAUUAUAUUCCAGUAUUUACAAUGAACAUUGUUGCAUAU